AUGCACACACCAGAAGAUGCGAGUGGUGUCAGUGCCGAACAACCAGCGACAAGCGGAAGGACGCACCAGCACGAGGACGAGCAGUGGGACCACCUGACGAAGAAGACGAAGAGCCGACCAUUUACGUGUUUGCUGGACGAGGGCGACGCGGUGUCGACAGCUUGGUGUCCACACGACCUCGCCUCAGCAGAUGGCGGCCGGACGACGUUGUGGUUGAACGCCGCCGACGACGAUAUCGGACCCGCACCGGCCGAUACAUACUGGAGUUCGAAGUUGAACGGCUGGGUGAUCGACUUGACCCAGACGGCCCCCAGAAGCUCUGGAUCAACCAAGCAGAUUACGAGGAGCUGUGGCGACAAGGACGCGUGCACACUGGUGCAGACGAAGAUUCGGACGACAGCGACCAAGAUCAGGAAGCACAAGAAGAUGGCGGCGAUGGAUGAGCGGAUUAGCGGACCAAGAGACAGCGGAUACGGUGGCAAGGACAGCGGCGAUGGACGAGCGGGUUAG